UGUCUAGCCAUUUUUGUGGAAUUCUUGCAUUUGAUUCCAGGUCGCACCAAUUGCAGAUCUCAUGCUUUGUGGCAUCAUUUAGCAGUGGCCUGGGAAAAUGUUAAUGGGAGCUACGAGAUAUUUGUAGAUGGCAAGAUUAGGGAAAGAGGAGAGGACUUGGCGAAAGGAGAUCUUAUCAUACCGGAAGGAAACGUUGUUCUCGGAAACGACAAAGAUUCCCAUGUAUCUGCCGGCUUUGAAGCCAGGGAUGCGUUCGUUGGAAACAUUUCCAGAGUUAAUGUUUGGGAUUAUGUGCUUCCACGUGAAACCAUAGAGUUACUUUCUCAGCGAUGCGGGCUGGAGAACGGUAAAACGGUUGGGUGGAGGGACUUUAAGAAUGGAUCUUUCAAUGGUGAGGCCUUCAUUCGGGAACCUUCAUCCUGUCAGGGAGUGGAAUAA